AAGUAAAGAUUUAUGUGAACACAUACCAACUAUUGAGAUACCAUUUCAUAGCUUUAAGCCUUUGAGUAGAAAGCAAGCAAAAUAACAAACUUUCAAUAUUUAUUGUUUAGGGUGCUUUUAUCCAUUCUUAAGCCAAGAAUCUCAUCUCCACCACCUUCUCCUAAGUAUCCAAAUCCCAGUCUCCUGCCUAUUCCCGCCCUGGCCUUGUUUCUGCCUUAAACACACACACACACUCGUGCUCGUAUAUAUAUUAUACACACACAUACAAAUUAUAUGCUAUGCAUGUAUGUGCAGAUAACAUUGAUGAGCAUGAACUGCCGGUUACUAGGGUUUCUCUAUGCAUUCAUCAUUUCUUCUUAUCAUGUCUUCGCCUCACCAUCAUGCACAUGCAAGAUUACCUGGAGCGUUGACUUUGAAGUUGACUUCAUUACAGAGAUAUCAUGUUGCGAAUCAUCUUCAAGAUGAUCUACCUCUUUGUGGUUCUCCACCUUCCACCACCACUCUGCCACCACCAACACCGGCAUCAGGAUCACCCACUGUCGGAUCUUAUAUCCCAUCUCCCUCUGUACCUUCUUCUUCCUCCUACCCCACACCGCCUGCGUCACCGUCUUCAUCCUACCCCUCCUACCCCACACCACCUUCUUGUUAUGCUACUCCUUACACACCACCCAUAAGUACCAACCCUGGUUCGCCUGCUUCGUAUCAACCGGGCAAUGGUCUAAGCCCGCCUUAUAGUUACGAACCCAGCCCUCCAUAUAGUUAUGAGCCAAGCCCACCGACAUUCUCGUUUCCUUCACCUACAGGAUUCAUACCUGCACCACCUCUAUUUGAGCCACCGGUUGUGUACCCUCCCCCAAACGGGCCACCGCCACCUCAUAGUGAGUCAGAGUCGGCACUCUGGUGUGUGGCUAAACCAUCUGUCCCAGACCCAAUCAUUCAAGAAGCCAUGAGCUACGCAUGUGGUUCAGGGGCCGACUGUGAAUCACUGCAGCCAAACGGGGACUGUUUUCUCCCUGACACAUUAUUUGCACAUGCUUCUUAUGCAUUCAACAGCUACUGGCAAAGAACCAAAGUGGCUGGCGCCACCUGUAGUUUCGGUGGUUCCGCCAUGCUGGUCACUGUUGACCCAAGUUAUGAUGGAUGCCAUUUCAUCUACUUCUAAUUGAGGAUUUCUUUUACAUUAUCAAUGACAAGUUUUUGUAAGUAAUUAAUUGAUAUAGAAGCUGAUUAUAUUCAUAUAUCAUAAAAUGAUUCGAGAUUUUGUGUAUGCAUAUACUAUGUUACUAUGUAUUUCAAAUAAAUGUAUCCGAUGUUGUGAGCAGUAAAGUUAUAACAUUAAUACAUCUCUUUUCGAGCACAUAGCAUAGUCAUGAAACGUGUAAACAUAACAGUCAUUAUGUGGUCAAAAUACAAAAAAAAAAAAAA